UCCCUCAGGUCCCCGUGGCUCCUAGAGUUGGGGAAGACGCGCCGCCCCCGCCGGGUGCUGUCCGCGCCUUUUCGGGCUGAGCUGCGCUUCCUCCUGGGCCGCCAUAUCUCGGCCAGUGUGGCCCCGUGGAGCAGCUGUGGAAAGACUUCCAGCACUCUGUUGACUAGAAGAGGAGUGAGUAGACACACUUGUCUUGUUGGAUGUGGAGGAAAUGCUUGUUAUAAAGCUUAUACGAUUUAAAAGAACUUUCCAUACAUCUCUAGCCUUUUGAUGAGGUUGAUUGUGAAGGUUCAAUGGAUUUUCUGUGAACUUAAAAGAAUUUUUUCCAAAGAAGGUUGGGUUUUGUAUAGGUAAAACUGCCUCCAAAGGAAACUCACCAAGGAAAGAGCGAUGGCUUGUGCUCAGGAUGAAUUGGCAUUCAAAGAUGUGGCCAUAGAAUUCUCUCAGGAGGAGUGGGAAUGCCUAGACUCUCCUCAGAGGACUUUGUACAGUGAGGUGAUGUUGGAGAACUACCACAAUAUGGUAUCAGUUGGUAUUGUUUUGUAUAAGCCAUACCUGGUCUUCUGCCUGGAGCAAAAGAAAGAUCCCAGGAAUGUGAAGAGAGGGGAGACUGUAGCCAAAGAACCAGGAACUUGGGAGUCAAUGAAGGAAGCAAUUUCAACUCCUAGAAGACAUCAGAAAAUUCAUACAGAAGAGAAACCCUACAAAUGUCAAGAAUGUGAAAAGUCCUUUAGUCAAGUAUCAAAUCUUAGAGCACAUCAAAGAAUUCAUACUGGAGGAACAAAACCCCACAGAUGUGAAGAAUGCGAAAAGUCAUUUUCUACAAAGUCAAAACUUAGGAGUCAUUGCAGAAUCCAUACUGGAGAAAAACCAUACAAAUGUGAAGAAUGUGGAAAGUCCUUUAGUCGAGUAUCAAAUCUUAGAGCACAUCAAAGAAUUCAUACUGGAGGAACAAAACCCUACAGAUGUGAAGAAUGCGGAAAGUCAUUUUUUACAAACUCAAAACUUAGGAGUCAUUGCAGAAUCCAUACUGGAGAAAAACCCUACAAAUGUGAAGAAUGUGGAAAGUCCUUUAGUCGAGUAUCAAAUCUUAGAGUACAUCAAAGAAUUCAUACUGGAGGAUCAAAACCCCACAGAUGUGAAGAAUGCGGAAAGUCAUUUUCUACAAACUCAACACUUAGGAGUCAUUUCAGAAUCCAUACUGGAGAAAAACCCUACAAAUGUGAAGAAUGUGGAAAGUCCUUUAUGUGGCUAUCAUUUCUUAGAGCUCAUCAAAGAAUUCAUAAUGGAGAGAAGCCCUGCAAAUAUGGAGAAUAUGACAGGUCCUUUACUGAGAAGUCAACACUUAGGAAACAUUACAGAAUGCAUACUGGAGAAAAACCGUACAAAUGUGAAGAAUGUGGAAAGUCCUUUAGUCAAAUAUCACAUCUUAGAAAACACCAAAGAAUUCAUACUGGUGAGAAACCCUUCAAAUGUGAAGAGUGUGACAAGUCCUUUAUAUGUACAUCAUAUCUUAGAGCACAUGAAAGAAUUCAUAUGGGAGAGAAGCCCUACAAAUGUGAAAAAUGUGACAAAUCCUUUACAGUAAACUCAAAACUUAGGAGACAUCAAAGAAUCCAUACUGGAGAAAAACCCCACAGAUGUGAAGAAUGUGACAAAUUGUUUACUACAAGCUCAAACCUUAGGAAACAUCAAAGAAUUCAUACUGAAGAAAAACCCUACAAAUGUGAAGAAUGUGACAAAUCAUUUACAAAAAGCUCAAAACUUAGGACACAUCAAAGAAUUCAUUCAAGGCUGAAACCCUUCAAAUGUGAAGAAUGUGAAAAGUCCUUUAGUCGCAUAUCAAAUCUUCAAAGACACCAAAGAAUUCAUACUGGCGAGAAACCCUACAAAUGUACAGAAUGUGAGAAGUCCUUUCGUCAUCUAUCAUAUCUGACAGUACAUCAAAGAAUCCAUACUGGAGAAAAACCCUACAAAUGUGAAGAAUGUGACAAAUCGUUUACUGUAAGCUCACAACUUAGGAGCCAUCAAAGAAUUCAUUCAAGGGUAAAACCCUUCAAAUGUGAAGAAUGUGAAAAGUCCUUUAGCUGGAUAUCACAAAUUCGGAGACACCAAAGAGUUCAUACUGGCGAGAAACCCUACAAAUGUACAGAAUGUGAGAAGUCCUUUCGUCAACUAUCACAUCUUAGAGGACAUCAAAGAAUCCGUACUGGAUAAAAACCCUACAAAUGUGGAAAAUGUCACAAGUCCUUUACACAUAUAUCGUAUUUUAGAACAUCGGAAAGAAUUCAUACUGGAGAGAAGCCCCAGAAAUGUGAGAAUAUGAAAAGUUCUUUAAUCAAAUAUGUAAUCCUAGAGUCCAUGAAAGAAACUACGUCAGAGAAAACCCCUAAGAAUAUGAAGACUGCAUCAAGCCCCUUAAUCAUAUUUCACCUCUAAGAGAACAAUAGAGAAUUAAUAGUGAAUAAAAACACUACAAAUGUAAGUAAUUUGGCCAGUUCCUUUAUAUGUCAAAUAUUAGAACUCACAGAGAAGUCAUACUGGAGAGCAGGCUACGGAAGUACAGAAUGCAGCAAAACCUUCACCCUGUGCUAAAUACUUAAAAAUCAUUACAGAAUUCAUUAUAGAGAGACUCUUUUAAAGGUAGUUAUAAUGAAGAAAACUUUGAUAAGUAAAUCCUAGAAAACAGAAUUUAUAUGACGCCAAAGCUUCGAACUAAAUUUGGUGAAGCAAAAUCUUCAACAAAAGCUAUUCUUCAACAUGAGACAACUCAUAUGUGGGAGAAACUAGAUAUAUAAAGACUGUGAAAAAGACUUGAACUUCAAAUCAUCUUGAAUGUCACGGAAUCCAUAGUGUAAUGAAACUCUACAGCUCAAAAGAAUAUGAGGAAUCAUUUACAUAGAACUCUAAUCUUAGAACACAGAAGAAAAUUCAUAGUUCAGAGAAACCUCUCAAAAUUCUUAAAUCUACCAGUUAUUCACUGUCAGAGAUUUCACUCUGGGGGCUGGAGAGAUGGCUAGCAAUUAAGAGCACUGACUGCUCUUGCAGAGACCUGGGUUUGAUUCCCAGUGCCCACAUGGCUGCUAUGAACUGUCCUUAACUCCAGGUUCAGGGGAAUCCGAAGCCCACUUCUGACCUCUGCAACUUAAAAAAAAUUUCACUUUGUGAAAUAUAAGUAUCAAGACUGUGAAACAAAUUUAGUAACAGGAAUCAAAUGUGGAUAUGUGAUCACUUUCAUGAACACACAGAAUUUAGAAAUUCCUACAAUAUAUUAAGGAAAGUAUCUUAAUUAAAAUGGUAACAUUAUAUAUCCUAAGACCAAUUUUUUUCAUAACAAAAGGGACCACAGCACGAUCUAAUUAAGACCGUAUGGCAAGGCAAGAGUAUUAUGGGAAACAAAAUGAAUGUAAUAACAUCAAUUGCUAGUAUAUUUUAAUAGAAUUAGAUGUGAUGUUUUUGUAGAUUUAACUGUGUUCUUUUUUUUAUACUUGUAUUCCCAGUAUUGGAAUUUAUUAAAGGGAAAACUUUGUAGGUUUAUUUGAUCCUCAACCAAAUUUUCUUCUUUCCUCAUGAUUAUAUGAUAAUUUAUAGUAAUCGUUGACUCAUACCUGAAUGAAUAUAUUGCAAAUUAGAAAUAAUUCAUUCAUGUAAUUGCUCCAUGAAUAAUUGCUAUAUUAUAUCCUGCCCCAAUAUCUAAAUGGAGAUUAUUUUCUUUUUAGUAAUGAGAUUGCAUUCUGCAGUGCCUUAGGUGUUCUGGACAUCUUUCUAUUAUUAAAAGAAAAAGUCAGUCUUGAGUAUUGGAGGUGCAUCAGUACCCAUGUUUCAGUGUGGAAAACAAAUAGUCUAGCACAUUCAUUUGGUGAUGAAUUAUACAAUAGGAAAAAUUGUUAGAUGUUUUUAGUAUUACUUGAUGUAGGAAAAGUAUAGAGCAAAGAAAUUUGGGAUUUUAACCCUGUUCUAGUCUAUUGACAUUUUAGACUACCUCUUUGUAAGUAUCAGAUAAUGAACUCUAGCAUUAAUAUGUUGAGCAUAAUGUUCCUUUUCUUUUUAUUUGUGUUGUAACUGACCCACAUAUAUGAUAUUUCAAAAUAUCAUAUGUAAUAUUUCAAAAUCUUUUAAGCUAGGUUGCGUGUGGUGGUGCACACCUUGAAUCAC